UGGUAUUAGAAUUUAUAUUGUAAAAAACAUCGACUAAAUUGCGGUUUCCUAAGAAACCGCUGCUGCUGGAGCUUCAAAUGCAUGGAGCAACGUAUUUAAUGUUGCUGCAAGAAUUAUGGUUAAAGCUACAGCAGCAUCAACGACGGCAACAAUUAACGUAACGAGUCAAAAUUCCAAAAUAGAAUUUGAAAAACCGCACCAGCAAUUUCAGCAUCAACAUCAGCAACAUAUACAACUAAUAACGAAUACAAUAAACGGUGUUGCUGUUGUAUCGCCUUCCAAAAUGGUUAUACCAUCUACGGCAACAACAGCAACAGCAUCACCAUCGUCUACAACUAUUUCAACAUCAAAUGAAACAACCAUAUCAACUGUUUCAGCUGUUAUUGCUGCUGGUCAGCAUUCACAACAGCAACAGCAACAACAUCAACAAAGCCAUGCUCUCUUUCAAACGCAACAACCACAAACUGCGCCGCGGCAACAUCCAAAAAAACGAAAAUUUGAUCCAGCUGAGCUUGAUCAAGUUGAUAUUCUUCAAAAGCACACUCAGCAGCCUCAACAGCCUCAACUGUCUCAACAGUCUCAACAGUCUCAACAGCAACAUGAGUCGUCAAUAUCCAAUAAUGAUGUUAAUAUGUUGUCUACAAAAAAUACCGCUUUACCAUUAACAUAUAAAAAUGGUACAACAAAUGCUACCAAUAUAAUUGUUUCCAGUACAGGCGGUACCACAACUGGUGGUAUCGGAAAUCGGCAAUGGACUCAACAACAUUUAAUCACACCUUCACCAACUGCUAGCCUAGCUUCAAGUAAUGAUACAAUGUAUGCCAUUCGAACCGUGCCGUCAAUGAUUGUAAGUCCUGUUUCAGUAUCUUCUACUGGUACUAACAAUACGACAGUGGUCUCAGCAGGUAGAUGUGCUACAUCUAUAGAAAGUCCUGAGAAACGUAUUAUCAUAGCGAGCACACAUCCCUCAAGUACUUAUAAGAUGCAAAAUAUUGGCAUCAACAACACUAACAGAACAGUGACACCUAUUAGUCAUAUUUCAAAUAAUGCCAUAGUUCCACCACAACGUUUAGCAUACAACCAUCAUCACCUCCAACCACAGCAAUCUAUUAGUAUGAUCCAAAAUCACCAGUCGCAACAAUCUCAAUGCGAUGAAACAGCUUUAGACCUUAGCGAAUGGACCAAUACACGAGUAUUAGCAAAAUUAGGCAGUUACUAUGCCUCUGGCGAAAUACGUCAACCUGCAUCUGAUGCAACAACUCCAACAAAUUCAGUUUUGGUUGAAUUUGAUGCGCCUGAAAAUUGUACGCAACUUUACACAGAGGUGUUAACAAAUGGUCGAUUUAAUGUGAUAUCGGACGCUAGUCCACCAGCUGCAGAUAUUGUGUUAGACACACGAGUCUGUGUACGCACUCAAAUGGAAGGUCGAUCUGGUUUUGUGUUUGUGGAAGGUUCCGUAACGGAUAUAAAUAUGAAUACAAAACAAAUUACAGUACAAAUUGGCAGUACAGAUACAACGCAAAUUUUAAAAACUGUUAAACGUGCAGAUUUACGUUUAUUGAGACCACCUUGGUGGGAUGAACUUAUCGAUGUGUCACUACAAACACACAUAGUUCCACCAUCAACACAAGCAACAAUUAAACCACAAACUAUUCAGGCAACACAUACACAACCGCAAAGAAUUAUCGCAAAAACAUCUGCUUCGACUGGUAGUCAUAUAUUAGUAAGUGGAGACGCUAAUAUUAUUUAUGCACCUACAAAUAAAGGUCCACAUCAACUAACAUAUGUGACUGCAAGAUAUGAUGGAAAAAUUCCUGGCCACCAAACGCCUACAAAUGCUAAUACACAUAUUCAGCAUGUUGUGCCGUCAUUAGCGGCACAAAAACAAGAAGAUUAUUAUCGUACAACAGCUACUUCGCCGUUUCAAAAUUCAAAUAAUAACACGCUACAAGCAUUGGUUGUUAAUGCCAGUUCUUCAACGAGUUCAACGAAUAUUGAAAACUGUUCUGGCAAUGGAAAUGGUAAUGGAAAUGGAAAUAGUACGAAUGUACCAGAAAUAAUUAUAUCUCAACAACAAAUUAUGCAUGCAGGUUCAGCACAAUCAAUUAGCAAUAGUCACAAUACCAAUUGCCUGCCAUCACAAAUACACAAGAUCUCGCAUUCACCAUCAGAUGAUAUGCAUCGAAGACAAAGAUCAUACGAUGAUUAUGAAUCGGAUGAUGAAUUAAAACGUGUUGAUAUUGGCAGUUAUGCUAUAAACGAUGCUGAUCCUGAAAAAUUAUCGGGAGGCAGUAAACGUAGUAGCAUGCAAAGUCGUGGCAGUACAUCCAGUUUAAUCGAUCAGAGGCUCACUCCAAGAUCUCAUCCAGCAACUCCAAGAUCUCAAGCGACUACACCACAUCGCUUUAAAAAGGGCGAUAUCGUACAGUCUGAAUCCGGUGUUCGCAAAAAAUUUAAUGGUAAGCAAUGGCGUCGGCUAUGUUCGUUGUGUUCAAAAGAGUCUCAACGACGUGGCUUUUGCUCACGCCAUUUAAAUCAAAAGGGAAAUACUGCAUUACGUUCUACUGGACCAAGUCGUUUCCCAAGUGAUAUAAGUAGUCGCUCUAGUAGCAAAACCCAAGUUGACGAAGAUACCUCACGUGAUUCGGAAACGUCACCCAACUAUCGUGUCACAGAUCGUUUUGAUCAGGAGGAAAGAGAUGUAGCUAAUAUGUUAGUGUCGCUGAGCAGUUCGCGGUCGGCUACACCAUCGUACUCCUCACCCGUUAAUCAUGGCACAUCUCCUAUGAACGUGAAUCAUUCUCCAGUACCUGUAUCAAAUCGACAAAACUUUUUUACACCGAUUGGUGGUGGACCAGUCGCUACUGCAGACCCACAUACAACAAAAUGGAAAAAUACACCUAGUCCAGUAUUAUAUAAUGUGGGGUUUCCACAAGUAAUACGUCCAGAGUCAGUUCGUGCUCAGGGCGCAGGUGCAACACAAACGGCCACUAUUGUCUCCUCAAUUCCGCCGCCACAAACAGCACCAGUAUCAAUGGUAGUACAUAAUCAACAUGUUCCUCCUCCUCCUACGCAGAUGAUACAACCACCACCAGCGCCCCCACCAACUCAUCAUAUCAUGACACAUCAUCAUCCACACCAACAAACUUCGCCGGGUCCACCAUUACCACCUCCUAGUGUAGUAAUGCCUUCAGCAACAAAUUCAGUUGGCCAUGCAACAAGUGUAAUACGUAUUUCACCUGCAGCUGCUACAACAAUGAACAACAUCAACUCAUCAACAACUACUGCUGUUACUGCAACUAGUACACAAUCUUUUCAUCCUGUUAUAGUGGAUGCUACACAAUUGGUACCAUUGUUGCCACAACAGCAAGCCUUGCAUUUACAACACCAACAACAAUCGAAUAUUCAAGUAGCGCAUACACAAGCCUCUUUAACUACUAAUACAGGAAACCAAAUUUCUACACCUACUUCAGUUGGCAUAAUACCAGCUGCUCAUCAACAAACGCAACAUCAACCGCCACCAAUGCCAGAAAAACCAAUUUCAAAAAACGGAUUUAAUCCGGGGUCGAUAUACCAUUGGCACACGUUACUGCCCCAUAUAAACCAAUCACCCGUUAAAACACAGCCAUUAACAAACUUCUCAAUUGCUGGCAUCGUACCACCAACUGUAGAUACGCCAACAAUUAACAAUACAUGCAGUCAUAAUAUUAAUAACCAUCAAAAUAAAUUAAAUUCGCUGGAAUCUCCCCCAAACCCUGUAAAUUGUGCCACAAAUGAAACAAGUAGAAACAAUAUUGCAGAAACUAUAUCGAUCACUAUACAAGAGGAAACAGACGAACAAUUAGACGAUGAUGUAUUCGAGCCCUCAAUAAAUAAUACUCCUGCUGGAAGUAUUAUACCAGCUGCUACAGUCGCUCAAGUGAAGCAAAAUCACAAACGUUCAACUAAUGAAACCUAUCGCAUGACCAACUUUAGCACAUCAUCAUCAUCUAAUGAAAAUAGUCGAAAAAUUGAUGAACGUAUAGAACGUAUAGAUGUAGAACCAACAAAUUCUAUGGGAAGUACAACUGCAACAGCAACUGCAACUGCAGCAGCUCAGGCUGCUGCUAAACGACGUUCGCAAUCGCUGAGUUCUGCUGGUGGUAUGGGUGCAACUGGGAAAGAACCAAUGAGUCCGAUUACAAAGAACAAGAUACGUAGACCUAUGAACGCUUUUAUGAUUUUUUCUAAAAAACAUCGAACAUUAGUACAUGCUAAACAUCCAAAUCAGGAUAAUCGUACUGUUAGCAAAAUAUUAGGAGAAUGGUGGUAUGCACUUAAGCCUGAAGAAAAAGCUAAAUAUCAUGAAUUAGCUAGUUCUGUCAAAGACGCUCAUUUCAAAUUGCAUCCAGACUGGAAAUGGUGCUCAAAAGACAGGCGCAAAUCAUCUAGUUCAGGAAAAAAUACGAUGUGUGAAAUAAAUGGUAAACAACGUAAUGACUCAAGUGAUGGAAUGGACAUCACUGAACAAGAUCAAAAUGCAAAUAUAAUGAAUAAUAUUGAUGGUCCCUCAAUAGAUACACAAACUGAUAUCAUACCGUUAACUAUCGCAAAUUAUAUUUCUACGAUUGAUGAAAGCUCAACACCAACAGUAUGCAACGCGAAUGCAAAUGAUGUUGUUAAAAUUAAAUUGGAACCCGAAAAAGAUGACUCACAAACUGAGAAUGAAAUGUCUGUUCCUAUUGAAGAAAAUAAAAAUAAUAAUAAUAGUAGCAAUAACAACACAAGUCAGCACGAUGAUGGCAAACAAAUAGAUUUAAAAUGUCAAGAACGCGUUGCUGAUUCCGAUAUUGAGGAUGCGGCCUUUGAUUAUAGGAAACCAACUCUAGCCAGUAGUGAUUGUGUACAAAAAGAUGAUCAAAAUAAGUCUGAGAAGAAUGGAAAUGAUUUUUUUGAUAAUGCUGUCCAAACAGUCAUUUCUAGUAGUGAUCAUAUCAAUACAACAAUGACAUCAAGUAAUACUACUACGAGUAGUAGUACUGUUAACGCAGUUAAUAGUGGUAAUGAGCGCGAUAUAACGUUAAAGCCAAAGCCAAUUAAAGCAAAUCGGCAUACUAUUGAGAACAGCAUCCUUAGCUAUCAACAAAUACCGAUGUAUUCUUUCAACAGCCCCAAGAAUCCAAUUGGUGUUACACCGUUUCAACCCACAGGUGGUGCUUUUAAAACAAUGCCAAUAAGUCCAAAAAGUACAAAAGUAGAUGAAACACAACCAGCACAUAUUAAGCAUGAAGAUGCAACAAACAAUAUUAAACAGGAACCCCCGUCGCCUUAUCAACUGAACGGUAAUUGUAGCAACAUUUUUACUUUUAAUGUGCCAACAGCAACAGUUCCAAGUCAAAAACAAUCACAUCAUCAAUUUCAUCCUUAUUCUCUGAGAAGUCCCACAGAUUGUAGAGGUACUACAUCAGAUGGUCCAGCAGUACCAUCAUCUUCUGCUGCACCGGCUACAACGGGAUUAAGCUCAUCUAUAAGCAACACUGCUCUCAGUGCAAACAAUUGUGUACCAACUACACCCACAUCGGCUUCUUCGACAGCACAGAUAUUAACUACUUCAGGCAGUAUUAACAACAAUAAUGGACAAAAGCAAAUACUUUUUGCUGUUAAUAAUAUGGUACACCACCAGUACACAAUUUUACCAAUGCACCAACAACAAACAGCCCAAGCACACGCAGAAUCCGCUAGUCCUAUCAAACCUACAGCUAUUAAGUAUUUAUUGAAAAAAAGUAAUGUCCAAACUGAUGUUAAUAGUACUGGUAUAAAUAGUGGUAUACUACAACAGCCGAUACAGAAUUCUAUUAUUUUACACAAUUAUUCACAAGAAUCAACACCCCUAUCUCCAAUAUAUAAAUCUCUCCCAUCAACACCAAAGUCAGCCUCUUACCAAUUAAAUGUACCAGAUUCAGCAGGUAAACGUAGUUCUGAUGGUAAUUCAUCAACUUAUGGUGGUGACGAUGAACAUGAAAUCGGAGAAGGUCAACAAUUUAUAUUAGCACCCACCCCGGCACAAUUAGGUUGUGCACCAUUACAACGCAGAAAGAAUAUGUCCGGUAGCAGUAUAGGUUCGUUAAAAAAUGAGUCUAGUUCAAAUUCGUUUGCUACAAAUACAAUUAUUGGAAAUUCAAAUAAGAAAUUAAAUUCUCCCAUCAUUGAUUCUUCUUCCCCAAUAAUUGGCAAUGUAAACACAACAGCUUGCCUAACAACAGGUUUGCCAACGCCUACAUCUUCAACAGCGACUCCAAGCAGUGAUGAACAAAUGCCACUAACUCCAACAGCUGUGAUUAAUACAAAUCCCAAAUCACCUACUAAGACUGUGACAGUCAAAAAGAAAAACGAUGAUAUGGAAAAUAGUGUCCUAAAACAGGUAGACUUCGAAAAGAAAUAUCAAGCUUUGCCGCAGUUUAAACCUGAAGAUUGUCAAUCACCAAGCGCUAUUAUAGUACCCUCUUCACCUCGCGUAUACGGUACCAAUUACCGAAAAAAAAAUAUGGUUCCGCCUGUACAAAAAUUACAUAGCGAAGAUGAGUCAACCGAUGAAACAACAGUUUCAAUACCUACACCCACACAACGUUUCUUCGGUCCCGAUUUUAAUAUUGAUCAACUAAGAGAGCUAGAAAAUUCUGAUCAAACUGGACGUUCUCCACGUACACCUCAAACACCUCUGCAAAGUGCUCGCUCUGAUGCUAGUGAAAAGGGUCAUCGUAAGGUACUUGAACAACGUCGUAAAUUAGUUUUGCAAUUAUUUGAUGAACAUGGAAUGUUUCCUACAGCUCAAGCCACUAUUGCUUUUCAAACAAAGCACAUUGAUGUUUUCCCACGAAAACAAGAUUUGCAACUUAAAAUUCGUGAGGUCCGUCAAAAACAUAUGGGGCAAUCUGGCUUUACACCCCAUUCAGCUGGUCCUGUUACACCAUCUGAAGGAAAUACAGCAAAUGUUUCUAGCGGAUAUUCUAGUGCAAGCGGAGGAAGUAAUGCAGAUGUUUUUCAAUUUUAUUUCAAUACAGGUGUACAAGGAAUAACAGAACAACAACAACAAUAAGCAACUCUGUUAUCAUUAUACUAACCGAAAAUCAGAAGACAACAAUAACAUAACACAAUCAUUUUUUCAACAAACUGGAAAAAUCUGAAGAUAUGCACAAUUAUAUUAUGUUCAUUACGAAACCCAAUAUAUUUUGAAAUAUAACCCAUGACCCAUUAAGAACGAAAUA